ACUCCAAUUGCAAAGGGAACAAGAUCGUUAAUUGCCCUUUUUCUUAAUUGAAAGUCAAAAUUAUGAAUAAUCGUGUUCUUUACAUUUUACUUUGUAAAUGGAGUUUAUAUGCUGUUCUCAAAACACAAGGUAUCAGACGUGAGGAAACAAAUGAGCAAAGAUUAGUCAGAGAUCUGUUGCUAGGAUACGAUAGGAGAGUCAGACCAGUGAUGCCUGAUAACGCGUCACUUCCGUUGAACGUGACAUUUGGAUUAGCACUUUCACAAGUGAUUGAUGUGGAUGAGAAAAAUCAAAUUUUGACGACAAACUGUUGGUUAAAUCAGAUGUGGACAGACUACGGUUUGAGGUGGAAUCCAAAGGACUAUGGUGGCAUUAAGGUUGUUCGUCUUCCGUAUGACUCUAUUUGGAGACCGGACAUUUUUCUUUAUAAUAAUGCCGAUGUAUCAACGUACUUUUCGUCUAUAAGUUCAAACGUCAUUUUGACGUCACAAGGCAAUGUAACAUGGCUCUCCAUGGUGAUAUUCAAAAGUUCAUGCUCCAUAAACGUUCGCUUCUUUCCAUUUGAUGAGCAGAAUUGUUCUAUGACUUUUGCCUCGUGGACCUACGAUGGGUACCAACUUAAUCUGGUUCUCAACACUGACGAGGGAGACUUAUCUAAUUACAAAUCUAACAGUGAAUGGCAUCUUCACAGACUUUAUGUCCAGAAAAAUGUUGUAUACUACUCCUGCUGUGCCGAGCCUUAUCCGGAUAUAACAUUUUACAUCCAUAUCCAAAGAAGACCUCUAUUUUAUAUCUUUAACAUGGUUAUGCCUUGCGUUAUGAUUACACUAGUUGCCCUUCUUGGAUUCUACAUACCAUCUGAUUCAGGUGAAAAAGUAACAAUGGGAAUCACCACACUCCUGUCUAUGACGGUGUUUAUGAUGUUAGUUGCAGAGAACAUGCCUCCAACCUCCAAUGUCUUACCUUUAAUAGGCAUCUAUUAUGGAAUAACGAUAAUUAUCGUCUCCUUGGCGACAGCAAUGACAGUAUUUACACUAAACAUCCAUCAUAAAGGUCACAGGGGGCAUCCCAUAUCUCCAGUACUCAAGAAAAUUUUCUUUGGAGUGUUCGCCAAGUUGAUGUGUGUGAAAAUGGACACUUACGGGAAAGGAUCUAAAGUCACGUUUACCCCAGAUUUUACAACCAACAUGACUAAUAACUAUUCACCAGUAUCAAAAAUAUCUGAAGUAGAGAGGACUAAACUGCUAGAGGAUGGUGCUCGACCAUGUUGUUGUCAUAGUGAGAGACAAACGGUGAAGCAUAGCUAUGAAAUGAAACCAGAAAACAACGCCCGUAAAAACCACACGCCCGAUCUCCACAAUAAUCAAACGUUCGCUACUCCGAGCAGUGAGGCGACUAGUACAUUAGAACUCAAUUUCUCCAAAGUGCUUAGCAAGGUUUGCCAUACUAUUGACAACAACGAGUCUCGUCAGCGAGAACAGGAUGUGCGAGAUUCUGUGAGAUAUGAAUGGCAACAGCUUGCUCUUGUUGUGGACCGAAUGCUUUUGACGGUGUUUAUGCUUGUGACUUUAAUUAUGACCUCUGCAAUCAUGAUGCAAGGUCCUUUAAAUCAGGCAUGAAUAAGUGAUAAUUAAUUUUUUCUCGGCGCACACUGUGAACUGGAUUUCGCCACUGUUCACCAAAUGUUUGAAAAUAUUGAACUCUUUGUACAACCCAUGUCAUAUCGAAAAAAUGUUAUCCUUUCCUUGUGUAUAUUGCUGGAGAGAGAAAGUUACAUUUUAGAAAUAAUUGUGCUGAACUGACCACGAAAAAUUUAAAGCCAAAAAUUAAUGGUGCAGAAACUGUUGCUUCUCUGAACAGUGAACUUUUUUGUGAUCAAGAUUUUGUGUACAAAGUUUGAAAACAUUAAACGGAAUGAUUUA